UCUUCACCAGAUUCACCAGAUGACGAAGAACAACAACAAGAUAUCGAAGACGUUCAAAAUGAUUCCAAUAUGAACAAAGAUCAAGAUCAAGAUUCUAAUGCUGGAGAAGCUAAACGUCCAAGAUUACGUCUAGCACACGCAUGUGAUAGAUGCAGAAAAAGAAAAAUCCGAUGUGAUACUCAACAACCUUGUGGACCAUGUCAAGCAACAAAGAAUGAAUGUACUUUUCAUACUCCUUCCAGAAGAAUUGUCAAACCUAAAUCUUCAAUGGAGGUAUUACGUUCUUCGACAUCAGGUAUCAAAAGACCUCAUUCCCCACCCAACGUUUUGGCGAAUUUAACGGGUGGAACUAAUUUAGAAGCGAGGUUAGCAGCUUUAGAAUCUAUGUUAAGAGAUGUCCCACCGAAUGUACAUAACGCUUUCUUAUCUUCCCUCGAUGCGAGAUUAGGAAGUGGGACGGGAGUCGGGAUCAAAGAAGGUAAAGGAGAAGGUGUGGGAGUGGCUUUGGAAGCUCUUAUGGGAAGUAAUUCCGCUACUGGUUUGAGGGAUUUUGGAUCGGUCAAUGCGGGAAGUAGUAUGUUACUUGGGGAUUGGGGAGAUGGUUGGAAAGGUUUAGGAAGUGCUACGGGUAUGAAAAGACGAGAUGAUGGAGUUGAUCAGAUGGCAAAGAGGUUUGAAGGCACAAGUUUCUUCUAUGAGGAUGAAAUUGGUCAAGCAAAAUGGCAAGGGGCAACAUCCGGUUUCCCUCUCCUCAAUAUAUUAACAGCGUCCAACACUUCAGCAGAUGCAGAAUUAGAAGAAGAGCUUGAUAGUGAUCUCUCACAAAAUUACAAUGAUACUCCAGUGGUCGAACCAACACCUUUAUCACCUACAACCUCAACACGUCGUACUUCAUUCCCAAACCCACUCAAUUCUAGAGUUCGAAAUUCUUCUUCCUCCAACCCUACUUCUUCCUUAACAGUACCCUCUUCUCCAUUAUUACGAAAACAAAGAUUCUUUCCUGAUCGUACUCCUCGACCUCAUCAAACUCUUAAUCCAGAAGCAUCAUGGAAAGUCAUCACCGGUGUUAUCCCACCGGAUGUUAUGGAUACUCUGGUUCGAUGUUAUCUUUCGACUUCUCAUCUUUUAUGGCCUUUUCUACACGUUCCAACAUUCUUAAGAGAUUAUGCAAAUCCACAACAAUGGGGAGAACCAGGUUUUGCAUGCUUCAUCGUCGCUGUUUGUACACUAAGCAGUAGACAUGUUGACGAUCCUAGAGUCAGGGCAGUGCCUACAGAUCCUAGUACAGCGGGAAAGGCAUAUUUCGAAUUGUUCAAGAGAUUGAGGGAUUUACCAAGUGCAGAUAGACCGACUUUGUAUAGUAUACAAGCUGCUUUUUUGGCUGCGAUUUAUGCGUUUGGGUUGGGGAAUUUGAGUAAAGCGUUUUCUUUACAAGCUGAGAGUAUCACUUUGUGUUUGGAUGGAGGUUUGCAUAGGAGUGUUGAUGGGUAUGAUCAUUUCGAUGCUGUAGAGAGGGAGGUUCGGAAGCGAACCUUUUGGGCCAUCUACUCUUGGGAUAAACAAUCAGCCGCUCUGUUUGGUCGUCCGCCGAUCAUCCAUUUAAGAGAUUGCGACGUCACAGAACCUUUGAUAGUGGACGACGAUAGUCUGACACCGGAGGGAGUGAAGGAACCCGUGGAUGAGACUACCAGUCGGAUGUGUGCUUUUGUCUCUGCCGUCCGACUUCAUGUGAUCCUAGAGGGAGUUCUCGAUGCCGCCACUCAACCUUCAACAUUCCCCACCUCACCUUUUUUAGCCAAAGCAGCAGCCAUCAUAGCUCGACGUUCAACCACCAACGACCUAGGUGAAGAAGAAGCCCUCUUAGCAGAAUGGCAAAAGCUUUUACCUAGAUAUUGGCAAUACGAUUCAGAAACUGCUACUUCUCGUGAUCCUAUACGUAUCACUCAAGCUGAACGGUUACAUUGUUUGGAACAUUUGGUCAAGAUGAUCAUCUAUCGACAUCGAUUUUCGGGAUUCGUAGCUGUUCCAGCUUCAACGACAGAGGAUAGAGCGAGACAUAUGGAUUUUUGUAGGAAAGCAAUGCAAAGUGCUUUGACUAUAAUUGCGGAUCAUGUGCAUAUUAGUCAAAGAGGUAUGAUGACAUAUUAUGGCGUUCAUGUCAUCCAUCAACUCGCUCAGGCCGGUCGAACCUUAGUCGCUGUCGUACUCAAUUGUAGGAAUGCGGAUUUUAGACCUCUUAUCGCUCCUUCGAUCGAUGGAUUACGAUCUUGUGUGGGAUUGUUAAGAAGGUUCAGUGGGAGAUAUCUCUGUGGAUUGAGAUCAGCGGAUAUCAUUGAUGAAUUUUGUCGAAUCUGUAACAUCCCCGUAGAUUCACCACGCGUACCGGAUGGCACCGGUCGUCCUUCCCCAGCAUGGUUACGUCCUGUCCGUCGACGACCAUCACCAUCACCUUCCGCCAUCUCUCCCACAGAUCCUCCUAUUCCUUCUCUGACAGAAACACCAGCAGGAGUAGAUAUCAUGUCAGCUCAUCCUAAUCUUAUCUCUUCUACUACAGUUCCUACCGACUUGGAAGCUUUAUUCAACGCUGCGGACUAUUUCGAUAUUUCAGUCAUUGAUACACCUCUACAAGGAACUUCUCAACUUUCAUCAAAUCAGAAUAACCAACAACCUCAUCAUCUCAGUAUGUCAAAUGAAGGUUUGCUGGGGUUAGGUGCUUUGGGAGAGGCAAGCGCUCCUUUUGAUAGAUUGGAAACACUUACUCCGGAU